AUGAUGAUCGAUCUUGAUCUUCGUUCAGUUGAAGUCGAUUUAAAUGGUAGUCCAAUCGUUAAAACCGAACCAUCGGCUAUUCAAUUAGAAACAACUGAUUAUAGUAAAUAUUUACGUAAACUAGCUGGCGUUAAUGUUUCAUCGGUAAAGUGGACGAUUAUUUGUAUUACUUUGGACUUGAUUUAUACAAUGAUUCUUUUGGGAAUGAGCGCAUCAAAUCAAUUAUCUUGUCCGAUAGAACCUCGAAUACCAAUUUAUUUGAUUGUAUACAGUAGUGUUAGUCUAGUAAGUAUUGCAAUGAGCAUUGUGGCUUGCAUAAUACAUUAUCAAAAAUAUGAUCAAAGUUUAAAUGGAUUUUAUUAUGUUCAUUGUUCGGCGAUUAUUAUUAUAACAAUACAAUUAUUUAACUAUAUUUGGCUUAUGAUUGGUAGUAUUUGGGUAUUUCGUGUUUUUAAAGAAGUACAGUAUACAGAAAAAAAUCAACCAACUUAUUGUCAACAGAGUAUUUAUCAAUUUUCAUUUAUUGUAACUUUUUUGAAUUAUAUUUUUUCUUUCACAUGUUGCUAUUAUAAAAUUUUACCAUGGAAAGUUUAA